UUUUUUUAACACAAUCUUUGGGCAAUCUCUCCAUUAUGGCUAGAAAAAAGACAGAGAAGUUUUGACAUAAUUUUGAAUGCGUUGGGCGGCAAGAUUCCCGUCAGGUUUGCAAACGCCACAACUGUCGAUUGGUUUUGGUCGUAUCCUUUUUUUCCAUGAAGGUAUCACAACAACAUUCUGUAACGUUUAUUUUUAUGCUUUAAAACGUUUUUUUGUUUGAUUGUUCAGUUGUUAGACCCUCAAAUAUUUAUUUUCUCCAAGAUAAAAAGAAGUAGUUUGUCCACUUCAGUUUCCUCCCCCGACCGUCUAACCAAAGCACAACAAAUAUGGUGCCUCUCAGAGGUUGCUUUUGAUAUUUUACCGAAAAAGUAAUCUCAGAUUAUUUUUCACGAUGGCUGACAAUGGUGCCCAAGAUUCGAAAUCGCAGCGGCAUGAGUUGCUGCUGCAAGAAAUUGAGGGCAUAGAUGAAUAUUGGGGCCCUACUUUCAGUUUCACACCUAGGUGUCAAUACAACUCUCUUUGCUCCCUCUCUGACACCUCUCAUAUGACUACUCAGGAUAAAAUUUAGUUACUGGAAAUUUGUGUCCUGUUUCAAAUGGAUCACGAUAAAGAGAGAAACUGGGACAUGGCUCACUCGGCCAGGAGACCAACUAUUUUCAACCUUAGUUUGCAACCACAGUUUGAACACUUGUUGUCAGAGUUGGAAACUAAUGAAGUUAGUGGUGUAUCUGUUGUUGUAAGAGCUAUCUACGAUGGAGACGAACAUCAGAAGUUUAUGGAGUGCCUUGACGCCCGCAUCAAAAGUCAUGACAAAGACAUCGAGCGAAUGUGCAAUUUUCAUUAUCAAGGUUUCAUUGAUUCUAUCAGAGAACUGCUGCAGGUUCGAACUCAAGCCCAGAAGCUUAAUACUGAAGUUGUACGUCUGGAUGAAGAAUUACAACAGUCAGCAAACCGAGUCAUUUCUAAGGGAGAAGAGCUUGUACAAGCAAGGCGUGUUGAGAGCAACAUUGCCUCAGCAAUUGAUAGUUUAACUAUAUGUCUUCCUGUGUUAUCUACCUAUGCUAAAUUACAGAGACAAAUGCAAGAAAAAAGAUACUACCCUGCCCUUAAAACACUGGAACAAUUAGAACAUCUAUACCUCCCAAGAGUUGCCAACUAUCAGUUUGCUCAUCAAAUGAGGGAUAGUAUUCCUAAGCUCCGUGAAAACAUCAAGGAUGCCUCAAUGUCUGACUUAAAAGACUUUCUUGAAAAUAUCAGAAAAUUCUCUCCCAAAAUUGGUGAAGUUGCCAUGAGACAUACUGCAGAGCAAAUGGGCGGAGAUCCUGGCACAGUCGGUGGGAUAAAGAAACGGAAUGUUGUACCUCCCCCUAAUCCUUUUACUGGCAAAAUUGAGACUGAUGAAAAUGAAUAUGAUGAAGAGGAUCUGAGUGCACAAGACCUCAUUGAUUUUUCACCUGUGUACAGAUGUUUGCAUAUUUUUUCGGUUCUGGGAUCAAGAGAUACAUUUGAGACAUAUUAUCGUCAGCAAAGAAAACAACAAGCCCGUCUUGUCUUGCAGCCUCCUACUAACAUGCAUGAGUCCUUAGAAGGCUACCGAACCUACAUUUAUGGAAUUGUGGGUUUCUUGGUGACUGAGGACCAUCUCCUCAACACUGGAAAUGGACUUGUGAGCAGGUCAUACUUGGAUGAACUGUGGGGCAUGGCUUUGAGUAAAAUUGUGAAUGCAUUGCGGACUCACUCUGCUUACUGUACUGAUGCAACAUUAAUGCUUAAGAUUAAGAACCUGAUAAUGUUGUUUCUCACUACUCUACAGAAUUAUGGUUAUCCUGUGAACCAACUUUUGGAACUUCUAACUGAAAUUCGAGAUCAUUAUAAUGAAGUUCUUAUGCAAAGAUGGGUACAGGUGUUUCGUGAGAUACUUGAUGAAGAAUGUUUCUUACCAAUUGAGGUUGAAACUCAGGAAGAAUAUGAUAAUGUUUUGAGUUCAUUUCCAUUUCAUGAUGAAUCAUUAGAAACUGCACCCUGCCCUAAAAUUUUUCCAUUUUCUUCCAUGGUACCAAAAGUGUAUCAGCAAGUAAAAGAAUUUAUUUAUGCCUGCCUGAAAUUUUCUGAAGACCUGAAUCUUAGUCAAGGCGAGGUGGAUGACAUGAUACGGAAAUCAACCAAUCUUCUUCUCACCAGAACUUUUUCUGGAUGUCUCACAUCCAUUUUUCGUAAACCGAGUUUGGCACUUUUGCAAGUUGUACAGAUUAUAAUUGACACUGGGUACCUUGAAAAUGCCACUGUCUUCUUGGAGGAAUUUGUAUCUAACAUUUCUGGGUCUAAUCGCACUGAUGGUCAUUUGACUCUUCGAUCCCAAGGCCAGUCAGCUAUGUUUCGAGUGGCACGCGAUGAUGCUGAGCGUCAAAUAUGUGACAAGCUUCGAGGCAAAGUUGGGGAAUUCCUUGAGCUGGAGAACUAUGAUUGGUUGCUAGUGGAACCUCAAGGCCAUGCCUCUUCAUUUGUAACAGAUCUUAUAGCUUUUCUUCAAAGUACUUUCCUUUCCUUUACAAACUUACCAGAUGAAGUUGCUCAACAAGCCUGCUGUACUGCUUGUGAACACAUAGCUAAUUCCUUGAUGGGUUUGAUGCUGAGUGAUGAUGUUAAACAAAUUUCUAUGGGUGCAUUACAGCAGAUUAAUCUGGACACCAUUCAGUGUGAACAGUUUGCGGCUUCUGAACCUGUGCCUGGUUUGGAAGAACAGGUUCUUCUGAGGUACUUUGCUGAUCUGAGACAACUCCUAGAUCUAUUCAUGACUUGGGACUGGCCGACAUACUUUCAUGACUAUGGUCAGGAGAAUAGCAAAUAUCAGCAUGUGAAUCCAAGCACUGCAACAAUUCUAGUUGAGAAGCUUCGGGAGGCAGAUAAGCGAACAAUGUUCUCUGUACUGAAAAAGAGUGAGAGAGAUAAGAAGAAACUGUUGGAGACAGUCUUGAAACAGCUUCGUCAACUGGCGCAAACCCAACAGCAGCAGCAGCAGUCCCAAACUCAACUACCACAGUCCUCUCAACUCCUUCAGCCUCAGCAACAAAUGCAGGCACCAAUUCAGUGACGGCGGCUUAGCGCUGUGUAGACAUUUUCUACACAGUGCUAUGAAUUCAAAUUCAAAAACCACAAUCAACUUGAUGUGUCCUUUUUUUUAAAUGGUAUUAUGGAGUUCCAGAAAUCAGUUUGGCAAUAUGAAAUUGACUUAUACAGUGUUUGCUGAUACUGCAAACCAUCUACCUCCUACUUCUUGCCAUUAUGAUUAUGAGAUGGAUGGAGCAUUAUUUGUAAACACUUACCAAAGACUCUUCUUAGAUAAGGUGAACCUCAGAAAAAAAAGCAAAUAAUUGGGAAACUGUGUGUUUAUAUCAUAAAAUAUAAGAGUUUUGGAUUUAUUUAGUUAAUGCUUUGGCAGCAGCAAAGAGAUAAUGUGUUAGGAAACUAAAUUUGAAUUCAGCAUAUCUGAUCAUGACAAAUAAUGUGUGUUAUAAUUCUAGGUUUCUUCCAAACAAAAAUGAAAUAAAAUAGUUGCCUUGUUUUUAUCUCUCAAAAACUAAACUCAUUAAAAUUUGUAUAAUAACUCUUAACCAGUUAAACUAUAGUGCCUUAUUAGGAGGGUUAUUAUAUCAGUAUUGUAUGAGUUUUCAUUCAGAUGGAUUUGAUAGCAAAGUGUUUUCUAUUGAAUAUUGUUAAGUGUGUAAAGUUUUCAAACAACUUUGUUGAUUUUGUAUAGUCUAUUUUACGGCAUUAAACAUCCAUGUCUUCCAAACCAAA